AUGCCCCAGACGUGGUCGACGUUCCCCCACCGCCCCCAGUUCCCGAUCCACCCGUUCGUCCCGUGGGUCAGCGACGGGGACAUUGACGACCUCAAGGCGCGCCUGUUCACGCCGCCCAAACGCGCGCAGACAUGGGACAACGUCAAUGGGCCCGCAAGCCUGGGCGUGAGGCAUGCAUGGGUCGACGAGGCCGUCAAGCGCUGGCAGGUGUUUGACUGGCGCACCGUCGAAGCCGAGAUUGCCCAGUUCCCCGGGUUCCGCGCAUACGUCGAUUUCGAAGGCCACACGUACGCCGUGCAUUUCCUCGCGCUGUGGAGCCAAAAGCCCGACGCGGUGCCCAUCGUCAUGUCGCAUGGGUGGCCCGGGUCCGUGCUCGAGUUCACGCCGCUGCUCAAGCACCUGACGGAGACGUACGCGCCUGCGACGCUGCCGUACCACGUCCUCGUGCCCAGCCUGAUCGGGUACGGGUGGUCGUCGCCCCCGCCGCUGGACCGGCCGUUCUCGAGCCGGGACAACGCCGGGAUCUGGGACGCACUGAUGCGCGGACUGGGGUUCAGUAAGGAUAAAGGACGCGGAUACCUCGCGCAGGGCGGCGACAUUGGGUCGUUUGUCACGCGCCAGCUGAGCCAGCACGAGAGCUGUCUGGGGAUCCACCUCAACUUUUACCCGCUGCUCAAGUCCAAGAACCUCAAGAUGGCCGACCUCGACGCCGUGGACCAGCAGGCCAUGAAACGCGCGCAGACAUGGGAAGCCGUCGGCCUCGGAUACUUGGUCGAGCACGCCACCAAGCCCGGCACCAUUGGCGCCGUCCUGGAGUCGUCUCCGCUUGCGAGCCUGGCCUGGAUCGGCGAAAAGCUCAUGCACGCACGCGUGCCCGACCCCAUCGAGUUUGUGCUCAAGGAAGUGUCCCUGUACUGGUUCACCAACACGCAGGCAACCUGUUUGUGGGAGUACAGGGCUGGGUGGGGGCCAGACAAGCGCCCGCAGGACGCCAUGCCGGCGUACAUCUCCAAGCCGAUGGGCUACUCGCAGUUUGCGCUCGAGAUUUACCCCACCCCAAUCUCGAUGGUCAAGGAGCGCGCAAACGUCGUGUGGGCGAAACGCCAUGCCGAUGGCGGCCACUUUAUCGCGCUCGAGCAGCCUGUGACGCUGUGGAAGGACGUGGCGGCGUUUGCCGACCAAGUGGUCCCCGCCAAGAGCAAGCUCUAG